GAGGAACAUUUUGUUCCUAGCCAGCCCAAUUUCUCUCUGUUUUCUUUUUGCGUUGGGGGCUGCUUCUGUCUGCUCCAAUUGUGCCUUUGCUUGUGUAUAUCUCGACCGUCUUCAUUGGCGGUGCAUUGAUAUCCCUGCAUUUCAAGAUGCUGCCGAGGCACGCGGGCCGCAGUGCCUCGAUACAUCAUGCCACUGCUUUGAGAUCUGUUCGAACGUCCUCAAGGCUCCCAUCUCUUCAAGCCUGCAUAUCAACUCUCAGCCCACGGGAAGGUGUAGCAAAGCACCUGCGACCAUGGCGUCGAGGGCUCGAUCUUGGCUUCGGCGCUCAUGAACGAACCCUUGCCACCGCUGUUGAUGACUUCAAGCUGGAGGGAAUGCCAUAUAAUCACCUCCCCAGCCCAUCAAUACCACCAUUCCAGGCGCCACCCUCUCCAUUCGAGCUUCGCCCUUUCAAUCCAUCCUCUCCUCUGACAAUUCCUGAGCCUGGCCCUCCAAAGCCCGCGUCCAAGAUGAACACAUACGGCAUCCCGGGAGAGCCAGAAGACAUGUUCAUGGUGUUUGACGCGUGCAUCAAAGUAGGGAAACUAGAAAGGGCUGCUCUAGUAUUGAAGCGUCUCAGCGCCCUAGGAACGAUAUCAGACGAAGAGCGAAUCAUCCUUAACAACAAAUAUCUGAGAGCAUCCCUCAGCCAGAUGCGCACGAAUCCCGACCGAAGCCAAGCUGAGCAGCUCCACAAAUGGUACGAGCUUCAGAUAAGAAGCAAAAACUUGCCACACACGGCCGAAACGAUUGCCUGUAUGCUAAAGGCAUCCCUACUCUCCGAAAGAGGCGCCAGAUUGGAUCGCCUGGUGAAAAGAUAUAUGGGAAUGGCCCCAGACGAAGCGGGACUGCGAGUCCUUAGCAUGGACGAAAUUUUAAGCGAUCAGGAUCUUGCAGUUAUCACUGAAAUCUGCCCGACUUACAACUUUGCUGCGGAUGAGGGAGACUUAGAAGACAUGGCUAUUAUGCCAGAGAACUCUCCAGAGGCCGAAGCCUCGCCCGCUCUUGCUGCCGAAUUAAGCCAAUCAACAGGAUCAGUAGCAGUCCCGGAGCUAAUUCCAACACCACAACGAGGCGAGGGACUCAAUACUUUAAAGAAAGGCCUGGGACUCUUACUAGGACUGCAAGACAUUGAUAUUUCGAAACUUCCUCAUUCUGACCGAAUGGAUAUCCAACUUCAGCUGGAAAGAGAUUCAAUUAGCUCAGCUAUUGAGAAAUGGCGACUUGAUAAUAAGACUCUGCAGAAGCGGGGCGUCAGCACAGUCUUGGCACCAUCUACAAAAGAAGGCUCCAUGUCACAGAACAUGGCAUCGUGGAUGAGCGUCAUGGAAACCCGCAUCCACCAAGAAUUGAGGUUGAUUGAACAAUCCGAGGCAAAGAAGUCGAAGUCAGAUUGGGAUCUAACAAGAUGCAUUUACGGCCCUUUCAUUCAGCAGGGCGACCCAGCGCGUCUGGCAGCCGUGACCAUCCUCUCCGUUAUCAAUAUUGGGACUGUUCUAGGUGUUGAAAAGGGUAUUCCCAUCAGUCGGUUAAUUACUCACAUUGCGAAAGCUGUGCAGGAAGAUACCGAGAUGUAUCAGAAAGAAUUGGCCGAAAGAAAAGCUCGACGACAGCGUAAACUUCGAUUUGUUGGAGAGAAAUCUAAAGAAAAGGCGGAAGCCAGCGAAGAGAUCAAGACGCCUUUACUUGAUGCUGCGGAACACGAACGUACCCUCGAAGAGAAUAGCAAGAACCCUUGGUCUCUGCAGAUCAAGGCCCAAGUCGGCUCGAUUUUGCUGCAAAUGCUGAUAGAGUCAGCCAAGAUCAAUGUUGUGGCAGAGGGCUCGACAUCCAAAGAGCUGAUUAGCCAAUACCAGCCUGCUUUUAGCCAUCAAACGCUGCUUCGAAAAGGCAAAAAAGUUGGAGCUUUAUUUUUCAACAACCACUUGAUCGAACAGCUAAAGCGAGAACCAGUGGGCGAUUUCAUUGCCAAACACCUACCUAUGGUUGUAGAGCCAAAACCUUGGUCUUCCUUCACUGAAGGCGGAUUUUUGGAUUCCAAGACUAGUUUUGUUCGAGUUAAACCAGGCGAUGUCGAGCAAAAAUUGUACAGCACCGCAGCGAUCAAACGCGGAGAUAUGGAGCAGGUAUUCAAGGGCCUAGACGUGUUGGGUAAAACAGCAUGGGUCAUUAAUAAGGAUACUCUAAAUGUCAUGAUGGAGGCUUGGAACAGUGGCGAGGAAAUUGCCAACAUACCGCCUCUCCAUCCGCACUUCGACGUUCCCCCAGAACCGGAUUCUUCAGCAGAUCCUCUGGUACGAAAGACCUGGAUUAGAGCCGUUAAAGCGAUUGAAAACGAGCGGUCUGGUUUACAUUCUCAGCGCUGUUUUAUGAAUUUGCAGUUGGAAAUUGCACGAGCAUUCCGCAACCAGACGAUAUACUUUCCACACAAUGUCGACUACCGAGGACGAGCGUAUCCAAUGCCGACGUAUCUUAAUCACAUGGGCGCCGACCAUGCGCGAGCCAUUCUCAAAUUCGCCAAGGGCAAAGAACUGGGCGCAAGAGGCCUUCGGUGGCUGAAGAUUCAUCUCGCUAACGUUUAUGGCCUGGAUAAGGCUAGCUUCGACGAGCGCGAGGCCUUUGCAAACGAUAACAUAGCUAAUAUCGUCGACUCGGCGACCAAUCCUCUGAAAGGCAGCCGAUGGUGGCUCAAGGGAGAAGACCCGUGGCAGUGUCUUUCUGCGUGCUUCGAACUAAAAGCUGCGCUCGAACUCCCCGACCCAACAAAGUUUAUCUCAAAUCUUCCGGUUCACCAAGACGGUACAUGCAACGGGCUUCAGCACUAUGCAGCUCUCGGUGGUGACACAUGGGGAGCGAAGCAAGUUAACCUGGAGCCUGGAGAGCGGCCUGCCGAUGUCUAUUCAGCCGUGGCCAAUCUAGUCAAGGAAGCGAUCGCCAGAGAUUUGGAGGCGAAGAACCCAUUCGCCCAAGCGCUAGACGGAAAGAUCACUCGCAAGGUUGUUAAGCAGACUGUGAUGACAAACGUAUACGGCGUUACAUUUUCAGGAGCAAAGAAGCAAAUCUGCAAGCAAAUUGACGCUUUGUAUCCUAACUUAGGAAAAGAGUGCGGUAUUCCUAAUUUGCUGUUGUCGACCUAUAUUGCCAAACAGGUCUUUCAAGCUCUUGCGACCAUGUUCCGAGGAGCUCACGAUAUUCAAUACUGGCUCGGAGAGAUUGGCGGACGUGUGUGCCGCGCUUUGACUCCAGCCCAACUACAGCAAAUCGUGGAUUCGUACGGAGAGGGAGAGGGAAGCAUCUCUCGUUCCAGCAAAUCCAAGGCAAAGUCAUCUUCCGGCAAAAAAGUCGAGUUCGAUGACCUCGUUCAGCAGUUCCGGUCCUCAGUCGUUUGGACAACGCCUCUCAAAAUGCCUGUUGUUCAACCUUACCGAAAGACUACCGCACGGGAAAUCAAGACAUGUCUUCAGGCUGUCAUAUACCCUCUGAGCGACCAGACGGAUCCCGUCAACAGGCGGAAGCAGCUUCAGGGUUUCCCCCCUAACUUCAUCCACUCGUUGGAUGCUAGUCACAUGUUGCUAUCGGCACUAGAAUGUGAUGCUCGUGGACUUGAUUUUGCUGCUGUGCACGAUUCAUUCUGGACACAUGCUGGAGAUCUCGACGUUAUGAACGAGGUCUUGCGCGAGGCUUUUAUCCGAAUCCACGAAGAGGAUGUAGUAGGCCGCUUGGGUGCUGAGUUUGAAGCUCGUCAUCAAGGAUCAAUUUACCUAGCAAAGAUUGACCCUGAUACCCCGGUUGCUAAGAAGAUCAAAGAGCUGCGCAAGAAGAGCAAUCUUUCUCCCAAGGAAGAGCUUCUUCUCGAACACAAGCGUAACCAGCUGAAACUUUCUGGGAAUCCCUGGGACCUUGAGGCUGCUCAGCAGAUUGUUACCCCUGCUUCGAUAUAUGAAGAUAUGAUGGCCGCUGAGGUUGACAUGGAUAUCCAAGAGGACGCUAAAGACAUUGGCUUGGGCGCCAUUUCGGAAGAUGAGGCUAACAGCGUUGCUGAUGAGGACAUGGAGGCCCAGUCCGAAGCCUCCUCUGAAGUCAUGGAGCUUACCAAGCGACUCAUGGAUGACAUGAAAACAUCGUUUUUUGAGGCUCAAGUAGCGAAACCAAAGGCUCCUGCUCGCAAGCAGAAGAAGAUGCCUCUUCCCGUUUGGCUGCCGCUGACUAUCCCAAAGGUUCCCGAGAAGGGUGACUUUGAUGUGAAGCGUUUGAGAGAAAGCAAAUAUUUCUUCUCAUGAAAGCCGCAUGUCUUAUUGGGCAUCUCUACUAUUUUUGUUUUGCGACAAUGUAUAAUGACGUAUGGUGUUUGGAAAUAAAAAGGGUGAAAAGCAAGAGAAAAGGGCAAGGUGGGGGUGGCGUUGGCAUUUUGUGCAUCUACAUGGAGUUCAUUUAUGUGCUUGAGCACUGGAAUUUGUUUUGAAGAAAAAAGGGCGGGCAUUUCUAAGCGAUAUUGUAUACAAGAUAUGUAUGAUAGGAUUCAUGAUGGGUGAAUGCAUCACGAGAGUGGCUGCGUGGAUGUAAUCUACAUAAAACAACUCAUCGUCAUGGCCAGGCCAUGAACGAAUGGAUAGAAACAGAAUACAAAACGAAACAAACAAAUUAACAAAUU